AUGUCUCGUCGCGCGCGCAUUGCGCUUUUGCCGCCGCGCGCGCUAAGCACCGUCCAGCAGUGCGCGUGCCUGCCCUUCUUUGCGGUGUGCUCUGCCCUUCCUCAAUCCGCCCCUUCCCUCACCCUCCUCCUCCUUCCCUCCUCCUUUGUGCUUCCCCCAAUACCUCACCUCUUCCUCCUCCUAUUUUCUCUCCUCAUCUGCUGCGGCUCGCAGCUCCUUGUGGCGCGCCCUGCCCUUCCCACAAUCCGCCCCUUCACCCUCCUCCUCCUCCCCUCUCUCCCACUAGUUCCCUCUCCACUAUCUCACCCCUCCUCCACCUCUUUUCUCUCUUCAUCUGCUGCAGCUGCAGUAGACUUCUCCGCCGCUAUCCCUCCUCCUCUGGUUUCUCCCCUCAUCGGCGCAGCAGCAGACUAUUCUGCCAAUUUCCCUCCUCCUCUGGUUUCUCCCCUCAUCGGUGCAGCAGCAGACUACUUCGCCAUUUUCCCUCCUCCUCUAGUUUCUCCUCGCAUCGGCUCAGCAGCAGACUACUCCGCCACUUUCCCUCCUCUUGUUUCUCCCCUCAGCGGCUCAGCAGCAGACUACCCCGCCCUUAUUCCUCCGCCUCUUAUACCGUUCCCCACAUCUGCUCUGCAGCUGUUUCCUCCUCCUCAUGGCGACCUCUCUCGCCCUCCCCUCCCUCCCUCUGCUGGUCCUUCAGCUUGCGCCCGAUGGCAUGGCUUUAACCUUUGGUUUGUCACUCAGCAGAGUGGUUCUGGCGCCAUUCCCACCUCUCCCUCUGGACCCACCUCUUCCUCCUCUGACCCCUAUGCUGAUGGCCUCUGUGCUGCCAUUGCUGAAACUGAGCGGCUUGUGACCUCGGCGGAAGCCACCGCCACGGCUGCUCCUGAGAAUGCUGCUGCCCGUGACUUAGCUCGUAUUCUUGCUGAGUCCCUCGAGAGCACCCGCGAGCACCUCACUGAGCACCUCGCUGCCCCUUCUCCUCGCUCUGCGUCUACGCCCAUUUUCUUUUCCAUCUCACUCUGA